AUGGACGGUCUCGCCAACUACCGUGGCUGGAGAUGGAUAUUUAUUGUUGAAGGAGCCUUGACCCAAGUCAUUGCGAUUGCGUCGUAUUUCAUAAUCGUCGAUUUCCCGGACAGAGCCGCGAAGACCGGAUUCCUCACGGCAAACGAAGCGAGGUAUAUCUCACAUAGGCUCGAGAAAGAUAGAGCCGACUCUAUCGCUGAUCCUCUCACACUUGCUAAGCUGAAGCUGCAUUUGUCGGACUGGAAACUAUGGAUAUUUUCCAUGAUGUUUUUGUCGACCACGGUGCCAGCAUAUGCAUUCUCGUAUUUCGCGCCAACCAUCAUCCGGGCCAUGGGAUAUUCUCCGGCCAUCGCGAGUCUCCUCACAGCACCUCCGACCGUAUUUUCGUGCAUCGUAGCAAUUGGGUUUUCCUGGCUGGCCGACAGAUACCGGUUGCGCGCACCGGUCAUCGCCGUGCAGUGCGUCGUCUGCAUCGUGGGGCUGAUGUUAACUGCGUACCACCCGAACAACAAUGUGCGCUAUUUUGGCUUCUUCCUGGGAGCUGCAGGCUGUCAAGGUAACAUUCCAGCUAUUCUCGCGUACCAGUCAAACAACAUCCGAUAUCAGUCAAAACGAGCCGUCGGAAGUGCCCUGCAGAUCGGAUUUGGCGCUUUGGGCGGCAUCAUUGCGUCCACAACCUUUAGAGAGCAAGACGGGCCGAAGUAUGUGCCCGGUCUGUGGGUAACGGCAGGCUUUCAGCUGUUCAUCAUGGCAGCCGUGGGGAGCACGUCUUUUAUCUUCUGGAAAAGAAACAAGCAGGUAGAUAGCGGCACAGCCGUAAAACCGAUUGAGGGCCUGGAAGGGUUCAAAUAUACCCUUUGA